AUUAAUGAACAAAAGGCAUGUAAAGUGUUGAAAUUUUUUUCUCUUUUCUUUUCCCCCCAGAUCGACUGCUUGCACCCAUUCACUUAUUCAUUCAAAAUUCUCUACUAAAAAUCUCAGGAAUAAAAAAAAUAUACAAAAUGAAAAAGACCCACCUUAGGGUUGAUCAAAUUCUGAGUUGCUUGGGGAAAAAAGUUACUCGCCUUGAUGGAUCGCAGCUUCGAAAUGCUUCUGCAUAUGAUGCAAUGUUGCAGGCAGCCAAGUAUGGAACCAUUGAGUUCAUAGAGUUGAUGAAAAAAGCUAAUCCAGACCUCUUAUGGGCCACUGAUAGAAACAAGAGAGGCAUAUUCGCGCAUGCGAUUUUGAAUCGCAAAAAAAACGUGUUUGACCUCAUACACGAUGUUCACGGACGCAAGGAGAUAGUUCUUUCUCGCACCGACGUGUUUGGCAAUAACCUUCUACAUCUAGCAGCACGGUUAGGGCCUUCCUCUGCUCUUGCUGAUAGAUCUGGUGCAGCUCUCCAAAUGCAAAGCGAAAUUCAAUGGUUUAAGGCCGUGGAGGAAAUUGUGCAUCCCAAGUGUAAGGAGGCGAAGAACGAAGAUGGGAAAAAGCCUCAUGAAAUAUUUAUGGAACAACACAAGGAGCUGGCGAAAGAGGGGGAGAAGUGGGCGAAAGACACAGCUGGUGCUUUCUCCAUUGUUGGUACUCUUAUCACUACAAUCCUCUUUGCCGCCGCCUUCACUCUCCCUGGUGGAAACAACCAGCACAACGGCGAGCCCAUGUUCCUGCAUGACUGGGCAUUUAAUGUCUUCAUCGUAGCAGAUGCAAUAUCACUCUUUGCUUCUUCAACUUCAGUCUUGAUCUUCAUUGGUAUCCUCACGUCGCGUUAUACGGAAAUAGAUUUCCUGCAGGUGCUGCCAUGGAAACUGCUAGCAGCCCUGGUGGCUCUGUUCUUAUCGGUGGUCUGCAUGAUGGUUGCGUUUUGUGCAGCACUUCUUGCCAUGCUCAAAGGAAAAGCGUAUCACCCGCUGCUGAUAGGUGCCAUCGUACUUGCAAGUAUUCCUAUUAUUGUAUUUAUCCCAUCGCAGCUACGCCUCUUCGUCGAGAUUUUCGAUUCUACCACCAUGUCUAAUAACAAUGCUGGAAAAAAGCCUGAUGAAGUAUUUAAAGAACAACACCAGGAGCUGGCGAAAGCAUGGGAGAAGUGGGUGAAAGACACAGCUGGUGCUUUCACCAUUGUCGGUACUCUUAUCACUACAAUCCUCUUUGCGGCAACCAGAACACCAGCGUGUCCGUGUUCCUGCUUGACAAGGCAUUUACCGUCUUCGUUGUGGCAGAUGCAAUAUCAUUGUUUGCUUCUUCGAAGAGAAGGAGAGGCCACAAUGAUCAUUGUUGCUCCGCCUCCAUGUAAACCUCAAAUGCUUUAA